AUGGACGCUCAGGGAAUGAUCUUGGCAAUUUCCGAAGCGCAAAUGGGGCACAAGCAAGGAGGGAUCCCAAUUGGCUCAGUCCUUCUCCUUCCAAACGAGUCGGAUGCGGAAGGUACCUUCACACUCCUAGGAUCAGGCCAUAACGAGCGGAUACAAAAAUCGUCUCCAACUUUGAUAUCAGCUUUGGAGAAUGCUGGGAGGCUCUCUCCAGAAGUAUACAGGAAAUCCACGAUCUAUACAACUUUAAGCCCCUGCAGUAUGUGUUCUGGAGCGAUCUUGCUGUACAAGAUCCCCCGCGUGGUCAUCGGAGAAAACGAGACGUUUCUAGGAGAGGAAGAGCUUCUGCGCAGUCGCGGCGUCGAAGUAGUUGUUCUGGAUAACGAAGAAUGCAAAGAUAUUAUGCGUCGAUUCAUCCAGGAAAUGCCGCAGGCAUGGAAUGAAGACAUUGGAGAGCUUCGUUGA